AUGCAUCCCAGCACCAAAACACAACCCUCCCCAUCGUCUCAUCAGCCUAUCACGUUGGGAAAAAAAAAGAUCACGCCAAGGAAAGAACCUCUCCAAAGAUACAGAUACGUCCAACCCAGAAACAGAAUCGAAGAAAUCCAAGAACGCUACGGUCGGAAACCAUCACCCAACGAACUCCGAGCAAUCGACUCCCUCCCCACCGUCCCCGUAACAGAACUAGCCGAUAAAUCACCAGUCGGGCUACGAAUACACUAUCUGCUCACGCAAUCUGAAGAUCGGAGAGAUGUAUCACUUUUAGAGGAAGCGGGACGGUUGAUUUGGCAGCAGAUUUUCGAGCCGGAGAGGUGUGGUGAGGUUAGGGUGAGUGGGCGGAUGAAGUAUAUUGGACCAUUCGAAAAGUCCAAGACUAGCCAGGACAGACGGGGAGUCGCGGAUGUACGUAAUGGUAAUACGAUGGUAACGAAUGCUGGGAGUCAAGCUAGCACGAAUACUGCGGAGAGCAGAAUUGUGGGAAAUACGAUGGCGCAAGGUCAGUUCACACCAUCGACCGUCACUUCGCAGAAACCAACUUUUCAGAAUACCUCACAUAAACCGACACAUUCUCACACAACCCAACAUCCACCAAGACCACAAACCACCACCUCAAAACCCUUCACAUUCAUCCGAUCUUUCCAACCACCCCCUCAAACAGCACCUCUCUCCCAAAUUACACUAGCGACCUGCGACAACCGUCAGAAUGACCAUCCUAGCGCAUCAACAGCUCCCAAGCAAACCCCCUUCAGAAAUACUCAACAAGUAGCACAAUACAGUCUCGCUGUUCUCACCUUCCUCAACCGCGAAUCCGACCUAGAGGAGCUGCAAGUAAGAAGUAGAGCUUUGGUGUCAGGAUACCUAGAUCCUAGCGCUGCGCAGAAGGACAAGUUGGAUGAGUUUUUAAUGAAGUGCCAUGGUGGGAGCGGGAUGUGA